ACAUUUCUCAUGUUUGUCUGUCGCCUAAUCUUUUUUCGUCUUCAAGAAUCUCCAAAGUUUCUUAACACACAAGGUCGCGUACGCGAAGCUACAGCAGUUUUACGUAAAAUUGCUAAAAUAAACGGAAAUUCUAUAGAAAUUAAAGACAAUGAGAUUCCAUCCACAACAGACAAUUCGAUUAAUUCUAAUUAUGUUGGAUCAUCAAAUGAUAAUUCCCAAUCAGUCAGGUGUUUAUCUGACCCUGUUGGGUGGUUAUCGUUAAAACUUCUCCCAAUUAAGCCACUCUUCAAAUGGUUAGGUCUGAGUGAUGAUAAAAAUACUGACGGCAAAUCUUUAAUACGAGAGGUAUUAAGAGAUUAUUUGAUAUACUCUGUUUGUGGGAUUCCAGGAUCUUUAUUUGGAUCCUUCCUUAUUGAAACAAAAUUAGGUCGCAAAGGUAGUAUGGCUCUAGCGACUUUUGGAACUUCACUGGCAGUAUUCUUGUUCUCUACUGUCCGUUCUCGUUCUGGUGAAGUCAUUUCUUCAGCUAUGGUCAGCUUUUUGGCAACCCUUAAUUAUGCUGUAAUAUAUGGGUACACUCCUGAAGUAUUUGAAGUUAAAUUAAGGGGUACUGCAA